UCCAUACCCAUUAGCCCCAAAUGUCCAAAGCGAUCAAGGCCGUUGCAUGGGGAACUGCCAUCAUCGGCACAGGUUAUCUCCUGAUGCGCUUCACAGUCCCUAAUGAAGAGCAAAUGCGAGCUCGCCUUACGCCAGCCCUGCGUCGUGACGCAGACAGAAUUAGAAGCGAGAAUGAAGAAAAGAAACAAGCCUUGGCAGAAAGAAUCCGAGAAGCAGCCAAUUCUGAAAAAGCAAUAUGGGACGAACGCAAUAAGAAAUAAUUCAAAAGAAGUGCCUUCAACAUGACACACUAUCUGCAUACAUGGUUGGUUUGUAUGUCAAUUUGUAAAUUUCAAAUAAACUAAAAAAAUUUGUAAUGUAAUCAUAACGUAGCUAAGCGGAGGAAGGGUCGGCA